AUGCUGCAGGAGGAAGACUCCAUGGUUCUGGAAGAACUAGCGUUGAUGUCCGGCUCCUAUCUGAAACAUGGAGACGUUGCCCAUGCUGAGUGGGAACCACCUGAAGCCGCUCCGUCCAACAAAGAGGAUCUAGUUCCCACAGUCCGCCUGGAAAGCCUGGAAAGUGAAGAAGUAUCAUCCAUACCACUACCACAAGAGCCUGAGAAAGUGAGGACAGGAAUGGUCAUGGACUUCCGCGGGUCACCUAUUAUUCCUUUGGGUGUGCUGAGCAGCGGUGCUGCUGAUAUGACUGGUGUACAGGAGCGUUUGGAGAAGCGCUUGGUGGAGCCUUCUUUGGAGCACGAGCACAGCAAAGUCUUGGAUCAAGGAGACUUCCAAUCUGUGACACGCCACUACCCAGGCUACUAUGACUGGACUGUGCUCCCUACAGACCUCAUCGAUGCACCACGCAGCUAUGCCAUCCGCGGUGUGACCAAGGACGACAAUGUUGCAGUCGUUACUUCUGUGGGAGUGGGUCAUCUUAGAAGCAGCAAGACCGGUUUCAACAAGCGACCCGAAGUUCCUCCAUCUCUGGUUGAGGAGGAGGAGAUUGCUGAAGAGGAUGAAACUGUGGAGGCCUUGGAGCCAGCUGAAGCAGAAGAGGUGGACAAUUGCUUCAAUGGUACAGGCCAGGUGGAGAAGCCUCCUCCAUCCAGGAGCAGCAGACCACCAGUCACUGCACAAGGCAUACAAGGCCCAGAUACAUUUGCUGCACAGCCUCAAGGACCUCAAGUCUUGGCAUGUACAAGGCGGCCGAGCAGCGGUAUGUCGCCAGAUGAAGGUGAUGAAAGUGAAGAGGAGCAGAUUGAGGUGGAGGAGGAAGAAGUUGAAGAACCCUGGAGGAAUCUGCGUAUCGCGCGUGGUGUGCCCAAGCGCGCUGAUGCUCCAAAGCCCAUGGUGCAGAACAUCGGCAACACUGAUGCAGAUGCUGCACGCAUGCUGAAGGAGCAUGGCCGUCUCAUUGAUGCUCCGGAGGAUACCUACGAUUCCAACUUUCUUACUCGUACUUUUCUUGGCCAGAUCAAAGACGACGGCUUUACCAAUCAACUUUAA